CCAGGACUUCGCCGAUAACGCCUGGAACCGGGCGCUGCUGCAGACGCUGCCUCGGCUGCUGGUGCUGCUCGUGCGGUGGAUCGCCCAGUCGAAGGCGAAGAGCCUGGCCGCGGCCUACUCGGUGCUCCCGGACCUCGAGGAGUCCGGCGGCACGCUGAAGAGCAACGUGCUGGGGCAGGAGAUCUCCUACGACUCCCUCGUCUUGGCCGUCCGCAACGAGCCCCUGGUGCCCGUGCUGAAGUGCCCGCCCGGCGUGUCCGGCGCCCCCCCCGACGUGGCGUUCGUGCGCGGGCAGGAGGCGGUGUGGCUGCCGCCCCCGUUUGGCUCGGUGUGCCGCCUCUGGCGGCGACGAAGAUCGGCCUCGCCGUCUACUCGCCCGUGUGGUACCCCCUACGGCAGGUGGACGACAAGGUCUUGAAGGCGCGGCAGUGGGCCCUCGGAGCGGCCAUCCGCGCGCAGCCGAAGCCGCUGGGCGCCGCGGUGAGGCUGCUGGCGGCGCUGGCGAAGUGGCUGGCCCUGGGGCAGGCCUCGCGCCACGAGUCGGCGCGGCGUGCCCGGGGACGAAGCGCCAGGGGGCGGGCCUUUCUCGGCAGGCGGCGGCGCUUCUCAGAAG